AUGUCGGACCACUUUGAAGUAGAGGAAACGCUGCAAAAGGCCAUGUCAAAUACCGAGGUCCCAGCUUCCCUGCAAGAAUCGCAGUUCUCGCACGAUUCGCAAUCGUCAACCGAUUAUUCCGAAUACCAAGACUCAGAAGUGGGCCAUGAGCCGAUCCAGGAACGCUAUGACAAUCCCACCCAGGGUCGGUUUCGCCGAGUAGCUUCAAAGACCGUAGUGGCCUUUGGGCCCAACGACCCAGCCCAUCCGGUCAAUUGGAAAAAGUCUCGCAAGUAUUUGGUUCUCAUUGCUGGCGUCAUGCAGGUCAUGAACAGUACGAUCGCAUCAUCUAUCUGCAGUGGUGCCGUUCCCCAGAUCGCCGCCGAGUUCAACAUCACGAAUCAAGAAGCUCUGGUUCUGCCAACCUCGAUCUUCUUGAUCGGUUAUAUCGUCGGACCGUUACUGUGGGGACCGAGCUCGGAGUACUUUGGACGCAGGCGUCCGCUGUUCAUUGCCUUCUGUGGUUUUAUCAUCUUCAUGAUGGCAUGUGCCGUGGCUGAUUCAUAUCCCUCGCUUCUGGUCUUCCGCUUGCUGAACGGCAUGAUGGCCUCAUCGCCCAUCGCCACCGUCGGGGGAUUAUUCGCGGAUGUGGAAAACGACCCAACCAAGAGAGGCCGCCUUAUGGCAUAUUAUAUGGCUUGUACCACCUUCGGUCCUAUCAUCGGCCCCUUGAUUUCCGGCUUCGUAGCCGGCGUCAGCUGGCGCUGGUGCUUCUGGAUUGGGCUGAUUUGUGCCGGCGCAUCGCUCCCUCUGAUCGCCUUCAUGCCCGAGACGUAUGCACCCGUGAUCCUGAAGAAACGGGCCCAGAAGAUUCGCAAAGAUACCGGGAACCAAAGCAUCAUUUCGCCGCUCGAGCUUGAGAGCCGUGACAUCCGGCAGAUGGCCAUUAUCACGAUUUCACGACCUUUCCGCAUGAUCUUCUACGAGUCCAUCGUUUCACUAACAUCGCUUUACCUUGCACUUGCAUAUGCAAUCUUCUAUCUUUAUUUCGAAGCGUACCCAAUCAUCUUCCAAGGAAUCUAUAACAUGAGCUCUGGGAUUGCCGGUCUGAUGUUUCUGCCCAUUGGCGUCGGUGCUAUCCUCGCCUGCUUCUUCUUCAUCUGGUACGACGGAAUACCGACGCCUCCCCUCGCCUGCAUCGGCGGCCCGCUAUAUGUCAUUUCGCUCUUCUGGAUCGGCUGGACCGCCUCAGCAGAUAUCCCCUGGGUGGUGCCCUUCCUCUCCGGCAUCCCGUUCGGCAUGGGCUACCUCCUGAUUUUCAUGGCCAUGUUGAACUACCUCACCGACGCCUACGAGACCUUCUCCGCCAGCGCCCAGUCCGCUGCGAGCUGCACCCGAAGUAUUCUGGGUGCGGUGCUCCCGCUCGCCGCGAAACCGAUGUUCAAUACCCUCGGCGUGCAUUGGGCGUGCAGCCUGAUUGCGUUCUUGGCCUUGGCUGUGUCGCUCAUCCCCUUCGGGUUUAUUCGGUAUGGGGAUCGGAUCCGGGGCAACAGCAAGUUCUGUCAGGAGCUCAGGCAGAUCAAGGAGGCGGAGCGGCGGGAGUGGGAGAGGGAGGGUGCUCCGACGCAGAGUGAUCCGGAGAAGGGUCCUAUGGAUCAUACGCUGUCCCUUGCUCGAAUUGAGACGGCACAGAGCCACGUCUCCAAGGCCUCUAUUAUUUGCUGA